AUGGUGGCUUUGAGAACUUUUCAGGUUCUCUUCUUACUUCUUGUGUUGACAAUGGUUGGCCAUAGAGGUGAAGAGGUGAAAAAUGGCACUUCUCAUCAAACUCAAGGCAAUGCCACUAUGGCAACUCUCUCACGUCAUCAAGAUGAAAACUAUCAACCAAAAGGAAAACACAAUGCUUCCUUGAAUGAAGUUUUGUUCAACACAAGCAAAGAUAGUUGGUAUUAUAGAGGAGGUGGGGGUGGAGGUGGAGGUGGAGGUGGAGGUGGUGGAGGGUUUAGAUGGGGAUGGGGUGGUGGGGGAGGUGGUGGUGGUGGUGGCGGUGGCGGUGGCGGUGGAGGAGGGAGUGGAUGGGGGUGGGGUGGUGGAGGAGGUGGAUGGUGGAAAUGGGGUUGUGGAAGGGAAGCAAGACAUAGACAUGGAAAAGGGAAGCAUCACAGAUGGAACAAGGAAGAAUAUAGAAUGGGAGAGUUUGCAGAAUGCAUGGGAAGAACAAGGUGCCGAGGUAUGAGGUUGGAUUGUCCUCUUCACUGUGGUGGACCUUGUUUCUAUGAUUGUUUACAUAUGUGCAAGGCUCAUUGUCGUCGACCUUGAUAUACAAUAAAUCGUGACAUGCUUCUGCUCAAUAUCUGCAUUAUAUAUAUUCAAUGGUAAAAUUUGAUUAUAUGUAAGGAAGAGAUUAAUUUGACCACAGGGUUAAGAUUAUCCUGUAGCAAGUUCCUGUUUAAAUAUGUUCAGCUCAUUUUGUGUUUGUUCCCAAUGAUUUUGUGUUGAUCAAGAUUAUAACUAUGUGUAUUGCAUUUGUAAGCUAGGAAAUUAUGUUAACAUCUAGUUUAAACUCUGGUUUGUACUACUCACAAAAUUAUAUGAUUUUAUGUUACUUUAGUGUU